CUUUCUUGAGACAAAAUUAAAACGAAAUUUCAUUUAAGUUUAUUCAGUAGAUUUUCAUAGACUUCAUAAGUUUUAGUGAUCUAUUAAUUAUUUUAUGUAACUGGAAAAUUAUUUUGAUUUUAAUUUUUUGAGUUUAAUGACAACAACAAUUACAAACAAAGUUAGAAAUAAAGUGUCUUGUAUAUAACAAAUAUAGUUUUUUAAGUUGAAAUAGUACCAACAAGGAAGUUAGAACUUUUUUUUACUAUUGUGAUUAACCAAAUAUUGAUGAAGAAUGCAGUUUUGCAGAAACAAAAUAAUGACACCGCAAUGUUGAAAUUCAAACCUUCCCUUGAAAUUUAUAGACCACCCGAUCCUGUUCAGGUUCAAUGGAACGACCUUACUUUUUGCAACACAGCAAAUCUAGAGGUAACGUGCAUCGAUAUUUCUACACCCAGCAGCUGCAUCAACCACAAACAUUUCAAUAUCCACUACAGCAUCAACUCACCCCAGGUCUUCAAAAUCAUCAUUCAGUUGACUUUCAUCCUCUAAUAACAGCAUCAGUAGUACACCAGCCCUACAUAAUUAAGGCUUCUACAUCAAGCGGAAAUCUAGUGAACAAAUCUAAUAGAGUUCACUUCAGUAUGGAACAGCAGGAAAUAAAAACUGCAACUUCAAAUCCGGGAAAACCAAUGAAAUCUCAGUCUUUUUUGUCUUUGUAUGGUCUUAGACGUUCUAAGAGUUUUACGGCACCAGAGACUCUGAAAGCCCAAGAAAUGAAUACUACAGAUGCAUCUGAACUUGGACAUUUUCCUUCUAGCACACAAGAAACGCUAUUAAAAGCAGUAGAUG